GUCAGCAAGCUGCAGACUUGAUUGCCCGCAUCGCGGUUGUCAUGAAGCAAUGCGGCGAGGAGCAGAUGAUGGGGCACUUGGGGCUUUUCCUCUACGAGUACCUCGGUGAAGAGUACCCAGAAGUCCUGGGCUCAAUCUUGGGUGCCCUCAAGGCUAUCGUCAACGUGAUUGGCAUGACGAAGAUGACACCACCAAUCAAGGAUCUGCUUCCUCGAUUGACGCCCAUCCUGAAGAACAGGCAUGAGAAGGUGCAGGAGAAUUGCAUCGAUCUUGUUGGCAGAAUUGCGGACCGCGGUGCAGAGUUGGCGCCCCCACGCGAGUGGAACCGUAUUUGCUUCGACCUUCUCGAGCUGCUAAAGGCCCACAAGAAGGCGAUCCGGCGAGCGACGGUCAACACCUUCGGCUACAUCGCCAAGGCUAUCGGCCCCCAUGAUGUUCUCAGUACGCUGCUCAACAACCUCAAGGUCCAGGAGCGUCAGCUGCGUAUUUGCACGACUGUGGCCAUUGCCAUUGUUGCCGAAACAUGUGGCCCAUUUACUGUCCUGCCAGCUCUCAUGAACGAGUACAGAGUGCCAGAGCUGAACGUGCAGAAUGGAGUUUUGAAGAGCUUGAGCUUCAUGUUCGAGUAUAUCGGCGAGAUGGCCAAGGACUACAUCUAUGCCGUGACGCCGAUCCUAGAGGAUGCACUCAUGGACCGAGACCUCGUUCACAGGCAGACGGCUGCAUGGACGUGCAAGCAUUUGGCUCUCGGAGUGCACGGCCUUGGCUGUGAGGAUGCCCUUCAGCAUCUCAUGAACUACGUGUGGCCGAACGUCUUUGAGAACUCGCCGCACUUGAUCAUGGCUGUCUUCGAUGCGAUCGACGGCUUCCGGAUCUCCCUGGGCCCAACAAAGGUCCUUCAGUACUUGCUGCAAGGCUUGUGGCACCCAGCUAGACGUGUCCGG